AUGAAGUUUAUUUUGUUUGUUUGUUGCGCAGCUGUCGUAAUUUUGGGUGUCGUAGGCCAAGGAAUACCAAUAGCCAAAUGUCGACCUGGCGAACAUUCGGUGCUGUACUGUCCACAAAGAGCAGAACCUAACUGCGACAACCCUACUGUCCAUGACAUGGAGGUAGCAGGUCCUUGUGAUAUACCUCAGUGCUUCUGCAAUACCCCUAAUGUGAGGAACCUGAAGACCGGAAAAUGUAUACCAUAUUCCAAAUGCCCCUAA